AUGACACGAGCCUCAUUUUUUGUUCUUCUUUUUCUCAAUAUUUGUUCUUCAGAUCCUCUCCAACAUCCGACAAACUGGCUCAGACAAUGUCGAGCCUCCACCAGCCCUUCCAUCACAGCUCUGGAAGUCCUCCCUGGAGGAGGCUGGGACAACCUUCGGAACAUGGAUAUGGGCCGAGUGAUGAACCUCAGCUACUUCCAGUGCCAAACAACUGAGGACGGACUCUACCUCAUCCCAGAUGAGGUGUUUGUCAUCCCACAGAAGGAGACAAGCUUAGAGACAAACUCAGAGAUAAUUAGUUCUUGGCUGGAGCAGAAAAGCACCAGUUCUCGUUCCAUAAAUGCUGACACAUCCUUCCUGUCUAAACUGAAUGGUAAAUUUUCUAAUGAGAACAUUAAGAUGAAAACCCAUCAGGUUAAAAUCUCUGCCACAACAGCUAGAGUGCAGGUUCGCGAUUUGAUCUACACAGUGAAAGCCUACCCAGACUUCACACUGGAUUUCCGCUUUGCUCAGCAAGUCAACAAUAUUGCAGAUGCAGUUGACAACAAUCAGACAAGGAACGCAGACUAUCUCUCAGAGAAGAUGGUGGUGGACUAUGGAACCCAUGUUAUCACUAGUGUAGAUGCUGGGGCUUUUUUGGUGCAGGAAGACUACCUCCGUUUUUCAUAUGGGUCAAAUAAUGACAGUUCAAACUUCAAAUUACAAGCUGGGUUGAACUUUUUUGACAUCCUCAAAUUUGAGAUUAGUAGUGAAUCCAGCCAACACAGCUCAUCACUUAAAACAUAUCAGUCCAACAUUGAGGAGUCCUUCAUCCAAAGCCAUGGAGGCAUACCGUUUUAUCCUGGGAUCACUUUGGAGAAGUGGCAAGAAAGUACCAGAAAUAACCUGGUUGCCAUUGAUCGUUUUGGAUUUCCCCUCCAUUACUUUAUAAACUCAAACACUUUUCCUGACCUGCCACAAUCUACAGUUGUCAGUGUGGCUCGUAGAGUGAGUAAGGCCACUGAGCGUUAUUACAAGAUUAACAUGCGUCCUGGUUGUGUUGACAUCAACUCCAAGAACUUCAACUUUCAGGCUAAUGUUGAUGACAAUUCCUGUGAGGGCCCAGCUACAAACCUUAGUUUUGGAGGAGUCUACCAAGUAUGUACCAAACUCAGCCAAGACGCAGGUCCACUUUGUGAUGAACUAAACCAAAAGAACAUAUUAACAGGUGACUUUUCUUGCCGCUCACCUUACAACCAAACCUUACUGCGAUCAGAAGUGAGACAGCAGGGUUACACUUCAUAUGAUUGCCACACAGAAACCGGUUCGUGUGUUUUAUUUUGGUGCAGCUCCAAGUCUGUUUGCAACAAUGUGUAUCAUGUUCGCUCUGCUCGUAUUGAUACUUAUUGGUGUUCUGCGAAUGAAAAAACCCCAGAUUACUCAGGAUAUCUAUUUGGAGGAAUCUAUGGCCCCUCUUUUCAGAACCCUGUCACUAAGUCUAAAAGCUGCCCUCCAAAUUUCAUCCCAGUAAAGUUUCUAUCAGAUGGCCAAAUAAUCUGUGUGAGUCCAGAUUUUGAUACCGGUACCAGGUAUUCUGUCCCAUUUGGAGGUCUCUUCAGCUGCGAGUCUGGUAACCCACUGGCUAAAAACCAACACAGAUGCCCUCCCAAGUUCAGCCAAAACCUCGCCACAGUAAGCGAUGGUUGUGAAAUUCUUUACUGUGUCCAAUCUGGAUUAUUCACAAAGGGUCAGCUGCGACCAAUCCGUUUUCCUCCAUUCACUAAACCUCCACUUGUUAGCAUGCAAAUGACAAACACAGUGAUGGUGAUGACUGAAGGAGAAAAUACCUGGGUUAGAAUGCAGCCCACUAAAGUGUGGCAACUCGUGAAACCAGAGGAAAUCCCAAACCUUAUUCGAAAGGUUAACCCAGAACCGAAUCAAAACAAAAAUCAGAUAUCGAGUGCAGAAACGGCAGGAGUGGUAAUUGGAGUGAUGCUUUUGAUAGGUUUGGUGGUCAUAGUAGUGUUGAUUCUGAUUAAGAGGUAUAGGAGGUACUCUGGAUUAGGGCCCAGCAAAAAUGUAGAAAUAUGUGAGGAGGUUGAGAGGGAAACACAGGAAGAAGAGGUUUGAAGCAAAUUACAGUUUUCACUUUGGGAGAGGAUGUCAGAGAUUCAGCUUUUUCCAUCCAUGUUGACUGGACAAGUGUAACACUUAUUAAUUAGUACAUUGAUGUUUUGUAUAACAAAGUUUGUAAUAUAUAUUCAACAACAUUUUAUCCUACUGUAUUUUGAGGAAUGUGUGACUUUAUGCUAAAUCUGCCUCUAAAAAUAAAAAAAAGGUUUCUGUAGACACCAGAGCUAAUUUUCAAACUUUAGUACUCCACAGCUGUCCUUGAGGGGGCAAGAUGUACAAAAAAAUAACACAUUUACUGUUUACUUUUUAG